CACAUCUCAGCCCAUAUCAGCAUCAGCAGCGGCGUGCACGACUCUGCUAGUGUCUGUAGUCUCUGCAACUCCACAUCUACUUAUACCCCCAGCUGGUCCACGCGCAUCUCUCUCAAUCCCAAUGCCCUCCAAUGCCCUCCGCCGACUUUGCCGCCGCACAAGAGCGUCUCGCAGCGCGCCGCGCCCAACGCGCAUCCCAGCAACGCGCACAUCAUGAUUCCCAAGUUUCCACACGAAGUCCCGCAGUCGGGUCUGGACGCGGUGUGUCGAGAUUGCCGUUUCCGUUUGGGCAACUGGGCGGCGUGGGCGUGAGCGCGUGGGAUGCCAUCAAGGGACGGGAAGGAACGAGGCCGGAAUUUAGGGUUGGUCAGGUUGAUGCAGAGCUCCUCGACGAAGAGCUGUUAGAACUACUAAAGGCCCAGGCUGGCGAGGGUCUCAAGUAUUUCGGAAGCCAUUUAGCGGAUGCAUGGGGUGCUGAGAUACUUCUUGCGUUGCGGUUGAUUCUGUUCAAACUGAGUAUCUGGAACAACAACGCUUCUUACGGCGCUCAUCUCCAAGGCCUACGCUACACCGACGCACGCAGCAAGAGUUCCGCCCGCCCGCCCCCGAAGCCCUGGCAAAAAGCCGCGUACGGCAUCAUCACGAUCGGCGGCCGCUACGGGUGGACGAAAUGGGAAGAAUACCUUCUCGCAACCUCCGAAGACUACACCGUUCCGCAGUCCCACGCGCUGAAACUCGCGGGCAGGAUAACCGAGUACAUCAACAGCGCGCACGACAUGGCGAGUCUAGCAUCCUUCCUCGUCUUCUUACUCAACGGCCGCUAUAGAACCCUGACAGACCGUCUGCUCCGUCUCCGGCUGACUCCAACCUCGCAUUCGACGAGCAGAGAAGUCUCGUUUGAAUACCUAAACCGACAGCUUGUGUGGCACGCGUUCACGGAAUUCUUGCUCUUCCUCCUGCCUCUCGUGGGCAUAUCACGCUGGCGCCGAACCCUGGGUCGCACCUGGCGAAAACUGAAAGCCUCCAUCCUGUCUCUCCUCGGUCGCGGCUCCCCCUCCUCAGGUCCCACAGGCCCCUCGGACCCCUCGGACCCCUCCGCCGACACCGCGUAUCCCACCGGUGAACUCAGCUUCCUCCCCGAACGAACCUGCGCAAUCUGCUAUAGAGAUCAAAACCCCACUGCGGCAACCGAACAAGACAUCAUAGCCCAAUCUGCCGGCGGGGGAGGCGUCGUGGGCUCCGCGGCUACGGAUAUCACGAAUCCGUACGAAGCCGUGGCGUGUGGCUGCGUGUAUUGUUUUGCGUGUUUGGCGCAGCGGAUUGCGAACGAAGAGGGUGAGGGGUGGACGUGUUUGCGCUGCGGGGAGGUUGUGAAGGAAUGUCGCCCUUGGAGUGGCGAUGUUUUGGAAGAGAAAGGCGCGCGGACACACGAAGACGUCGGGCAUGCGGGGAAGAGUGUGGGGUUUGCUGCUACGGGUGGUGCCUCUCACGACGACGACAACGGCGAUAACGAUGACGAUGACGAAAAUGCUGGUCCACACUCACGGCUGAGGGAAGUUGAUCCCAUCCCCGUCGCCGAGGACGUCUCUGGCACCACCGCCUCAAGCGAAGCACGCAUGGGCUUAGAAGCAUCGCGGGGUCUUGACCUUGGAGAUUCAUUAGCUUUAAGUGAGAGUCAGGCGUGGGCGCAUGCCAGUGACGAUCGCAGCAGCUCGGAUUCCGAUCAGCAGAGCGAGGAGUACGAUGAGGAUGAGGAGGAAGAGGGUGAGGAAUUGGAAGACUACUAAUAGGAUAGAGGGGUUGGUCUGGCGGUUUUGUCGCUUCACUAUGUGAUAUGGUUCAUCACGGAUAAGGGAUUUAGGGGGUGCAGAAAUGUCUGUUCUGGACGGGACCCGGGCAUGCACACCAUAGUCACAAGGCAUGAUUGAGUUAUCCAUGUAUACUUGAGGAAAUUCUUUGCAUCUUUUCUAGAUUUCUGGUGCGGACUAGAGGAUUGUAAGGACUAGGAAUUUAAAUCCCC